AUGGGGGUCCAUAAACCUCAAGAAAUUGUCUCUCUCAUUCUUGGUUCUUUCUACAUUGUAUUCCUGGCACUGAUCCCUUCAUCAGGUAAAAAGUGUAGAGAAGCAGCAGCAACAUAAUGUUAUGUUACCAUGGACUUAGCCAAGAAGGACUUUUAGGCAUGUUGUGACACAGAAAUCUAUGUGCACAUGGGGUUCUCAUUGGUGGAUCUUUGCAAUUUCUCCUUUCCUACUUGACAGUGGAGAAGCCAUAGCAGAAUUUGGAAAGGUGUCUGCCUCCAUCUUGAUUGUGUUCUCAUUAUACGACUGAUUCUCAUUGGGAAACUAGGAGCUGCAGUGGCCCUGCAGAAAAGCUAAUUAAUUCUUUUUGCCUCCCUACAUCUUACUCUCAUUUCAAGUAGGAGUAAGCAAUGAAAUGUUCAAAGACAAGGUGGGGCAGUUACUGUUAAGCAGGAGGAUGUCUCAGUAACAGAUGAGGCUUUGGCGGGAGAAGAGUUCAGUGAGCUAACUAGUUUAUACAGUGGUACCUCGGGUUAAGUACUAAAUUCAUUCUGGAGGUCCGUACUUAACCUGAAACUGUUCUUAACCUGAAGGACCACUUUAGCUAAAUGGGGCCUCCCGCUGCCGCUGUGCCGCCACUACACGAUUUCUGUUCUCAACUUGAAACAAAGUUCUUAACCCAAGGUAAUAUUUCUGGGUUAGUGGAAUCUGUAACCUGAAGGUUAUGUAACCUGAAGCGUAUGUAACCCAAGGUACCACUGUACUGAAUUCAGACUACUGAUCCAUCUAGCUCAAUACUGUUUGCACUGACUGGCAGCACCUCUCCAGAAUUUCAGACAGGGUUCUCUCCCAGCUCUACCUGCCAAUGCUGGGGCUUGGAUCUCAGACAUGCAUUCUUCACUAUUGAGCGACACACACUCACCUCCUUCAUACAGAUGAUUUAAAGGCUUUUCCUGCUUCUAUCAUCUCAGCUACCUCUGCUUUUGAGGCUAUGAACUUAUUUAAGACCUUGACUGACAGAUUGCAAGACCACUUGAGAACUGAGAUCAAGAGUAGUGGCUCACAAAGUUUGUUGGGAUCUUCCAGCUGGUUUGACAAAGAGUGCAAACAGGCCAAAAGCCAGCUGAAGAGAGUCUACUGUAAAUACAGGAACUCUAAUAAUAAUAAAUUAUUAUUAUAUUUAUUAUUAUUAUUAUUAUUAUUAUUAUUAUUAUUAUUUCCCUGCCCAUCUGGCUGGGUUUCCUCAGCCACUCUGGGUGGCACCCAACAGAAUAUUUAAAACACAAUAAAACAUCAAACAUUAAAAACUUCCCUAAACAGGGCUGCCUUCAGAUGUCUUCUAAAAGUCAGAUAGUUGUUUAUUUCCUUGACAUUUCACAGGAGGGCGUUCCACAGGGCGGGUGCCACUACCAAGAAGGCCCUCUGCCUGGUUUCCUGUAACUUCACUUCUCGCAGUGAGGGAACCGCCAGAAGGCCCUCAGAGCUGGACCUCAGUGUCCAGGCUAAAUUAUGGGGGUGAAGACACUCCUUCAGGUAUACUGGGCCGAGGCCGUUUAAUUCAUACCUUCCCCGAUAGCGAUAAUCAGAUAGUGUAGCCAUCAUCAAAUAACCUCAAAAUGAACCUUAAAAAUGGUAUUCAGUGCAAGUGCCCCAAAGGUCUGUAGACAAGUCUGGCCCAUACAUCAGGUGAGAUCCUUGUAAAGGCUGCCUGUUCCUCUCAAUCAGAAUAUUCCCCAAUCUCACCGCUCACCUCCAUGUACACAAAGUCAUGUGGAGGGAAAAUAUUUGCCCCUUCUGUAGGGAAUCCAAACCCCGAGAUGUACCAUUUGGGGAAACGUUUCAACCUCAGACUUGGUGGUGCUGUUGUUGCCUUUAAUAUUUGUGAUUCUUUUCCAGACCAUUUUGAACUGAACUCUGCCUUAUUUGUCAUUGGGUAUGUGGGGCAAGAUGUCAUCUUGCCAUGCCAGAGCUCUUCUGGGGCUCUGCCACAAAACGUGGAAGUUCAGUGGAAAAAAACUGUAGAUGACAACACGGAGAACAUCUACCAGUUCACAGCUUUCACUGGGCAGGAAACAUUUGGGCAAGGCUAUGAGUCCAGGGCAGUGUUUGCCACAGAGGGACUGGACACUGGAAAUGUUUCCUUGAUGCUGAAAAUGGCCCAAAAGUCUGAUGAAGGAAGCUACAGCUGCAUUGUCAAGACCAAAGACUGGGGUGCUCAGACCCAAACUGUUCUGGUUGUUGAAUCUUCAAAAGGUAUGAAUCACAAAGUAGGACGGGCACAGAGGAAAUAGCUCAGGCCUAACUUUGGCAUUUGUGGUGUAAAAUUUAAAGCUACAGUAAUCACCAGAGAUGACCUCUCCUUCACAAAGGACAGUCCUAUUUGAAGGCACCCUCUCUUUGAAAAGCUUCCCAGUCCAAGACUGGUUUAAAGAUGAAGUGCCAUAAGAGGGAAAGCAGUGGCCCUGAAUUUGAUCAUUAACAGUUAGUGACUGCUCAGCAAACUGAGCAGGAACCUGGGUCAUCUAUUCACUAGGGUGAAUUGGAUACUAUUUCUGAUUAAAUUUUAGCAGUUAGUUCCAAAUUUGCAUCUAUGCUUAUAAAGUGGCACAAUGUAUUUUUUUUGUUGGUUCAUGUGAGCAUGGGAGGGGGGGUAACAAAGGAAACCAGGCCCCCUUACAACUAUAUUUCCCAUUACUCUCUUUGCGACAUCAUAAUCUAAUAAGCAAAGAAAGGACCUGGCUGAACUUCUGAAUAAUGUGUUACCAGAGUCCUCUCCAUUGUCCUCCAUGAGUUCCUGCUGCCACGACUGAUACUGAUUCCCUGGAUAGAUGGCAAUGACUCCAAAAAUCUCAGAACUCAAGUGGUUCCAUUUUAAAUGGUUAUCAUUUUUUAAAUAUCUGCUGCUUGAUCAAGUAGGAACCUAUUUUUAAUCAAUGGAAAGGUUUUCAGUUGAUUAAUCAUACUGCCUGAUUGUCUGACUAUCAUAGCAUGUAAAAAGGCAUCCCUUAUUCUCUGCCAUUUCUUUCUUUCAGGCAACAGUACCUCAGAGAAUUAUUGUUCCUGCACUGCCUUUUGGGUGAUGUUUGUCUUUCUUCUUCUCGCUCUUCUCGCUCUUGCAGUCACUGUUUGGGCAGUCAUACACAAAGGUACCGUAUAAAUCACUCUCUCUAAUAGUGAAUUCAUGUGAGGAGUGGAGUGCAGACAGUGGGGCCAACUUGCAUAAAAUAUUGGGGGCCCCAGGUAAGCCCCUCUCCACAUAAUCGAUCAGAAGACACAGUGUAUACACACCAUUUGCAUGGCAAUGCCCAUCAAUUUUGGGGGUGCAAAGAGCCCUCAGCCCCUAGGAGUUGGCUCCUAUGAGUGCAGAUAAGAUUGCAGCUAUAGCAGAGACCCAAGAGAGAUUUAUCUACAUGCUCAGAGUAAUUACAAGGCAAUGGUGGACCCUGGCUUUUCACAUUUCAGUGGUCUCCCAUGUGACGCCCAAAUCCGGCCUUAUGUAGGACUUCAUAGUUGUGUCACCUGCUGCAGUGUCCCAGAAGCUCUGUGCCCAGUGUGGCCAAACCAGUCAUGUUCCCCUAGAUCUGCCUCUGCACAAGGUCUGCAGAUGUACAAAAACAAUCCAACAGAGGGUACAAUCCCCCUCAAAUGGCUUAUAGCACAGAUGACUAAUCUGUGAUUUUAACAGUCCUGUAGCUGGAUUACAAUUCCCAUCAUCCCUGAUGAUGCUGGCUGAGGCUGGAGUCCAGCAAUAUCUGAACAGGCACAAGUAGACUACCCCAAUCCACAGAAUUUAUCCACUACUACAUCCUUGCCUUGGGGCUUUUACCGUAGAGUCCUACAGCUCUAUAUUCCAUAGUUGGUUGCAAAUAAAAAUAUCCAAUAGGGUAUUCUAUUCUGGUAGUGCCCUUAGAUGCCAAGCUAAAUUGGACUUCCUUAUGAUUCCCCCCACCCCCUGCCCCACAUCUCAAGGUGCCAGAGAAAAGGAAACUCUCUCACGGAAUGAAGAGCAGAAUGUUAAAGAAGAAAAAGGGGAAAUAAAGGAAGAAGAAGAAGGUAUGUCUUGUAAAAUCUGUCUGCUUGUAAACAACCAUUUGAUCAACUGAAAACACGGCCACAUAUUCAAUUUUUGUAUUUGAAAGGAGAAAUAUGAACCAUCAAGAUUACCCCUUUGCUAAACCAAGAGGCAUUUUCUGCCAGCCUGAGCCCCACAUUAAACCCGGGACAUUAUCUGGGGUGCGGGUAGGUGGUCCAAGCACCUCCCUGUAACUGAUUUGUGGGUUAGGGACUGAAUAGAAACAUUGCCCUGUGCUGAAUGGAGACUUGAUCAGCUCUACCGAUCAGAGGGAAGUGGUGUGAAACAAUGUCUCCAGAAUCACACCAUCAACCCCCUCCACACGUAAAGCAGGAUGGUGCUUGUGUACACCCAGCAACUAUGCCACUCCUAAUGGUAUUUGUGGAAAGUCCCUCAGUCAGUCAAAUUCCUGCUGUAGGCAGGCCACUCACCCUGAGAGACCUGGAUCAUUCACUCUGUUAGGAGAUUGGUGGGCCAUAUUGCUUAGAAUGAAAACCAUAUGCAUUUCUGUUUUUUAGGACUAUUUCCAGAAAACAGAACAUUGCAGGAAGAAAAAAGGUAUGCCUUAUAAAAUGUUUCCACUUUCAAACAACCAUUUGAUCCGAUUAAAAUAUAACCCUAUAUUUCAUUUUCCUUUUGUUUGUGACAAAACACGUUGUGUUCUGCAUAGUUGUACUUUGAAACGCAUGAAAACAAAGUAGACUUUCUUUCUUUUUAACCUUUAUUAAGUUAUUGUAACGGUACAAUAGGAGAUUCCACAAAACAGAACACGAGAGAGACAGAGAGAGAGAGAGAGAACACCACUUGCCUGUUGAAUAAAAUAAAUUGCCAAUAAACAUACUUUUAGUUAUAAUUAGCAGAAUACAAGACAAUGAGCUUGAGUGGUGUGAGGGAAUCAGAAAUUUCUGCACACUUUGUAUCAUGCAGCGUAUUCAGAUGGUCCUGUAAAGAACAGCCCAAAUCUUCCUUUGUAAUCAUCCUUCAGUGAGAACACAGAAGCGAGCGUGCACUCUUCUUAUUUGUAAUUAUAUGUGUAAUGCCAAAAGCACAUCUGGGGGGGGGGGAGAGAUCUGAACGUGGAUAUACCGUAUUUCUUGCCCUAUAGGACGCACUUUUUCCCCUCCAAAAAUGAAGGGGAAAUGUGUGUGCGUCCUAUGGGGCGAAUGCAGGCUCUCGCUCUCCAGGCUUCAGGAGAGCCCCACUGCCAGCCCCACAAGCUUGGGGGACAGCGGGGUGGCAGAACGCCGCCAUCCCGCUGUCUCCCAACGUCCUUUGGAGGAUGGCGGCAGGAAAAGCCCACUUCUCCCUGCCGCCAACCCCGCAAGCUGGGGGACAGCAGGGAGGCACAACGUGCCCAGGCUUAGCUUCAGCUGUGGGAGCCCGGCGCUGGGCUCCCACGGCUUGCGGAGAGCUGCAUGUUCUGGGGGCUAGGGUCGGGGGAAGCUCGGGCUUCCACCGUCCCAGUCCCGCGCCUGGGGGGGGAAAUAAUUUUUUUCCCCUUUAUUUCCCCCCCCCCAAAAAAUUAGGUGCGUCCUAUGGGCCGGUGCGUCCUAUAGGGCGAAAAAUACGGUAACUCCAUCUUCUCCUUUUAUAAAAUCUAGUUACGAGAUUCUCACACUCUGGACUAUUGAACUGGGGUGUUGUUUAGGGGGGUUUUGUUGCUGGGGAGGGACGUUUCGCCAUUCAUGGGGGGUUUUUUGUAUCUUUGUUUUGUAUCUUAUGAUUGUUGAUCUUGUGAUAGUUUAUCUUAUGAAGAAUUGUUCGGUUUGGUUUUAUACUCGUUGAUGUUCUAUUAAUUGUUUAUGAAUACCUUAGUUACGUUAAGAAACUGGUGUCUAGAUUGAGAAAUGUUACGUGAAUGUCUUCCCCGGCCCAUACUUUCCCCUGUGUUACUCCAGCCAGUAAAUAGCAGCAUUAUGAGCACACACAAAUAGCCCUUUCGGGGCUGCUUUUCUCUCUUUGGGGGGGUUUUCAUGCCUAGUAUUCUGGAAUUCUAAUUUUGUAGAAGUAUAGGAGAUUCAAAGACAGACUAGAUGCCUGCCUGUCCUGUGUCUGCAGCUAAUGAUUGCUGUCAGCAGGGGAAGCAACCCUCUCUGUCAGGCAAAUCCCUCCUCUUAAUCAUGCCACUAACCCUAAGGGACCUGGAUCAUUCUCUCCAUUAGGGGAUUGCAGGCCAUAUUGCUUAGAAUGAAAGCCAUAUGCUCUUCACUGUUUGCAUUCCUCUUUUUAGUACGAUUAAAAGAAAACAGAAAACUGCAGAAAGAAAAAGGUAUGUCUUAUAAAAUGUUUCUGUUUUUAAACAACCAUUUGUUCCAAUUAAAAUAUAACCACAUAUUCCAUUUCUCUUUCUUUGUGACAAAACACAUGAAAGAAGAAGGUAUUAGAUUGGAGGGUUAAGGUGCACAUUGGCCGGCAUUCAGUUAGUUAGGGGCCUUAAGAUUAAGCCACAAUGAUGACACCAACACAGAGUUUUAAAGAUCGCUGGGCCUGAACAUUUUGUUCUUCCCUCAAUCACCAUCUGCCAUUGUCUAGGUUUCCUCAGUUUUGUAGCUUGCCUUUGUCAUUUUUGUAUUAAAAAAUAAACCAUCAAGAUUAUCCCUGUGCUUUGAAGCAUUUUCUGCCAGUCUUAGCCAAACAUUAAACACAGGACAUUAUCUGGGGUGGAGCAUUCCAAGCUCUUCCCUGUAACUGAUUUGUGGGUUAGGGGCUGAUGUCAGAAACCUGACUCUCCAGGACCCAGCAAAUGAGGCAGGAGACGGGGGUAGGAGAGGAGAGUCAGCCGGCGGAAGAGACAGGAGGCUUGUCUUUUCGAAAUGACACCCCGUUUCUAGACCUGGCACUUCCUUAUCAAUGGGAGGGGGGCUGGAAGAGAGCCCAGACGAAGACAGUCUGCCAAGGGGUCGGGUGGCUCCGGAACCACUCUCUAGUGACAGUGAUGGAGAACCAAUUAACACUCUCAGUCCAAAGUCCCAAUGUUGGGCACACCUAUAGGAAGAACGUAAACACAGAGGCAGGCUUAAGAGGUUUUGGCACGGAUCUUGUUGGAAACAUAAUCAGAAAGACUCAGAUUUGAACAUCCUUGAUGUGUGGUGGAUGUGUGCAAGAGCAGCUCUGUGAAUAUGCUUGUAAAUCAAGCUCAAUUGAACCGAUAACCAUUCCCGUGCUUGCUGGACUGUUUGCUGCUAACUAUCAUUAUAGCUGAAUGGAAACACUGUCCCCUGCUGAAUGUAGCCUUGAUCAACUCCUCUGUGACUCUCUGUUGGUAGUGAGAGAAUAAGCUAAGUCUGAUUGAGUCCCCCACUCCAUGCACAGUUUCCAUGGUGUUCUGUCUUACUUAUUAAGGACCGACACCCCAGUAUCUCCUGCAUCUUCUUAUUCAGAUCUCUUAACUGCCACAUAACUACUCUACUUGGACUUCCUUGUCCACUGCUCUGGUCCACAGCUGAGGCAACAAAAGAAACCCUGCAGCUGUUGCCAUUUCUUUUUGGCUGGUCCUAAUGAAAGUAUUGCCCAAUUGUAGAUCUGGAUGGUUCUUUUGACGCACUAACAGAGUUACCUUUGUUUUUCACGUACCUUUUGGAUUUUAAAUUAAAUGUUAGAUGAUGUAAUCCAUGCAUUCAUUCAUUAUACAGUGGUACCUCGGGUUAAGUACUUAAUUCGUUCCAGAGGUCCGUUCUUAAUCUGAAACUGUUCUUAACCUGAAGCACCACUUUAGCUAAUGGGGCCUCCUGCUGCCGCCGCUGCACAAUUUCUGUUCUCAUCCUGAAGCAAAGUUCUUAACCUGAAGCACUAUUUCUGGGUUAGCGGAGUCUGUAACCUGAACUGUAUGUAACCUGAAGCGUAUGUAACCCGAGGUACCACUGUAUUUCUUUGCUGCUUUUUCACUCACAUGAGUCACAAAGUGGCUUACAAACAAUAACGGAAUAGAAAAUCACAAUCACAACAUAAAUCACACAAAAUAAUUUACAACUCAUCAGUAAAACAACCACUUUCUAUAACAACUAACAAAACAACAAAAUAACUAACAAAACAGAUUAAACAGCAGAACCACAAAGAAGUCAUAAUCUAAAAUUCACAAAGCAUGACAGCACUCAUAAUCCACAAAACAAUAUUAACAACAUUAACAAACAGCAAAAGGAAACUAAGCACUGUUGAAUUCAUACACACACACUGCCCCACCCCCCUUGACUCACAGGCUGGAUCUAGAUGCAUCAAAGAAGCUUCAAGUUUCAGUUAAGUGCAUUGUAAAUUAUUUAAAGAGAAAUCAGCUUAGCAAAAACAGGACUCCUCAUCGCCAUCUGGUGUCACAGUGUUAUAUUGCAUAUACUAUGCAUACAUAUCGCUUUUUCUUUACCAAUCUAGCUGAGUCCAUAGUCUUCCAGUCCGUUCAUCGAAAGACAUAUACAAAUAAUGCCUAUACCACUCUCAAUGGUAUUUGUAGAAAUCCCCCUGUCAUAUAUAUGCCACUCACCUCAAGGGACCUGAAUCAUUCCUUCUAUUAGGGGAUUGGCGGGUGAUAUUGCUUAGAAUGAAAACUAUAUACAUUUCUCUUUUUUAGGACUACAGUAUUACAAGAAAACAGAAAAUUGCAGGAAGAAAAAGGUAUGCCUUAUAAAAUGCUUCCGCUUUCAAACAACCAUUUGAUCCAAUUAAAAUAUAGCCAUAUAUUCCAUUUCUCUUUGUUUGUGGCAAAACACAUGAAAAAAGUAGGUAUCAGUUUGGAGGGUUAAGGUGCUCAGUAGUGGGCAUUCAUUUAGUGAAGGACCUUCGAUUAAGCCACAGUGAUGAUACUGGCACAGAGUUUUAAAGAUCACUUGGCCUGAGCAUUUUGUUCUUCCUUUGAUCACCACCUGCCACUACCUAGAUUCCCCUCAGUUGUACAGCUUGCCUUCGUCAUAUUCAAUAUAUAUAUAUAUAUAUAUAUAUAUAUAUAUAUAUAUAUAAAAUCAUCAUCAUCAUUACCUCCGUGGUGUGUGGAGAAGUGCUGUGGGCCAGCUCGCUGGAUAGCUUGUGCCAACAUUGCUGGUUGUUAUGUGAAAAGAACUACUUACUAAGAAUUACUUUUCUUCAUUCCUUUAUUCACAGAGUUCUGAGAGGCCUGUUCCUUCAGAUGUGAGAACAACAUACUUUUUUCUUUCUUUUUUAAAACUUUAUUGAGUAUUUGCAGAGGUACAUUGGGAGAUACCACAAAACAGAACACCAUAACAAAACAAUACAAAAAAUAUGGGAAGAACCACUUGUCUGCUAAAUAAAAUAGUCAAUAAACCAAACGCUCCAACUCCAGGGGGCUAAGGCUCUGUGAGUUCUCCCAAUCUUUUUUUUAGGGGGCUGCCCCCCCUUCCACUGUUGAGGCUGAAUGUGGAGCCAGGCACGGAGCAAGCUUCAUGUCAGGGCCCCCUCCAUGUUCUUUGGAAGAUGACGUUUCUGCAAUAGACAUACUUUUAAUAUAAGUAGCACAGUAUACAAGCAAAGACAAUGGGCUUUAGUGGUGGGAGGGAAUCAGAAAGUUCUGCACACCUUCUGUUGUGCCGCUUAUUCAGAUGAUCCUGUAAAGCACAACCCAAAUCUUCCUUUGUAAUCAUCCUUCGAAUCCCAAAAGGAUGUAAUAAAGAUCCAGGAAAUGCUUUUACUUGCCAUCAAAAGCUGCAAGUGAAUUUGUUUUUGUUUUGUUUUUUAAAACAAUGAAAAUGGAGGAGAUUCCUCUGUAGCACUGAAGAAAAUGUCCAGAUUCCAAAAAAACCCAACUAUGUUAAAUAGUGAAAUAGUGAAUUGCUGGAUGCAGGUUGGUGCAAUCUUACAGUGGUACCUCGGGUGAUAUGCACCGGUACGCUGUACUGCCACCUCUUUUCCCCCAGCCACCAUCUUGCCAGCGCCAUUUGCCCUCCCACCCACUUGCUUGCUCCCAUACACACCUUGCCCCUUCCGCCACUCCUGCCCUGCAGGAACGGCCUCCCAGAGGAACUUUGACGCAAUCCUUUUACAAUCUUAAAAGCGCCUUCCUCUGCUCUGGCACAUCCUUUUUCCAGUCAGCAGACACCUUCCUGGAAGGCACUUUGGAGAUCGUGAGGAAAUAUGUCCCAUUGACCUCCAUGGGAUUUACUUCUGAGUGAAAAUUCCUAGGAAUGGGAUGUUGAAUUGAAAUUUCUAUUUAUCACAUGGUACAAUGGCAGCUUGUUGAACAUGGCAUCGUUGUCCAAUUAAUGAAAUCCGUUUUCUUUACUUUGCAGUUGACGUGGUCUUCGACCCAGAGUCAGCUCCCUCACAACCGGAAGUGUCCAGAGUUAGGAAAAGUGUUUCAGACACAGGAAAUAUUUCUAAGUUUUUUUACUACAGUGAUAUGUUAA